ACAUCGGCGCGCGCGCGCCGUGGUGGUGUUGGUGGUUGAUGUUGGUGGUUGAUGGUGGUGGUGGUUGAUGGUGGUGGCCGCACGGUCCUGGGAUUGAGAACGGCUCGUGCGCAUUUUUACAAGGGGUUGACUUCGGGGUUUGCAAGAACGCGAUGACCGUCUUCUCGUGGUAACUCCUACCCCGACUAAACCCGCACACUUUUCUCCGAAAUUAGUUUUGGGGGUGGUGGUGGUGGGGAGGAGGCACGCGGAGGAGCGGCUGUGCCGAGCAGCUGCUGCUGUUGUGGACAGCACCCAUCCCAUGCAGGUGCCGGUCAUCUUGCUGCACCCCGCUGCUGCUGUCGUCCACUCCAUCAUCAUCAUCAUCCUCUUCAUGUCUCGGCUGAAGUCCUAACCGGGGUCACCGACCCGAUAUUCCGCUGCGGUGAACUACCACGUGUCCAGGGAUGUGCGCAGGACAUCCCGGGCAGAGCGUGAACCUUCUGGAAGCUAACGGCGACUGGGAUAAAUAAAUCACUUUGAACGCGAAGGGAACACUCAAUGGAUAUACCGUAGUUGGUGGUGUUGGUGUUAUGGUCGUGUUGGUAACCGAUAAGAGAACCGGUGGCACGGGCUGGUCACGGUUAAAUCCAGCGCAGCAGCAGCGGCAGCAGCAGCGGCAGCUCCAGCUGGGAGUCCACCGCCUUCUGCUGUGCUGCGUCUCGUCCUGCAUCAUCAUCGUCACCGUCGCUCAGGCGACGCGCACGGGAGGAGGAGGCGGCGAUGGUGGAGACGGCGGUGGCAGCAGCAGCAGCGGUGGCGGCAGCAGCAGCAGCGGUGGCGGCAGUGGAGGCGGUGGUGAUGCGUGCCCCGCGCGCACCACGGACAAGGUCACGGGGCAGAGCUGCGAGAAGCGGUGGCGCUGGGCGUGCGUGCUGCCCCCUCCACCGCCGCACCCUCCACCCCCACCGCCUCGGUUUCGAAAGCCACCGCAAGUCGAUCCCGAGCCUACGCCAACAGAGCUGCCAAAGGCGUGGUGGCACGGCCUGGGCGUCGUCAUCCUGGUGGCGAGCGGCGUCUUCCUGGGCCUCGCGUGCGCGCUGCUGGCCUGCCGGCGACUCUGCUGGAGGAAGCCGCGCGUGACGGAGGAGAACGGGGGGCUCAGGAGGUCGGAGUACGCGCUCACCCCGCAGCACGACGGCUUGCCGGACACCCUCGCCACCUGUACUUGAGGCCGCCUACCUGCCCGUGGCCCGCACGUGAGCGGCGGCGGCGUGCCACCCGGCGAAUCGAGACGGAUGCCCACCGCCAGGUUCAACGCACCUGUGCCAUGGCUUGAGAGGUGGGGGGGGGGGGUAUUGUCAAGGAACUGUCCUUUGAAGAAGAGCUGCGAUUCUUCUUUGUAAUUUUUUUGCCCAGUUGUGAAUGAAGUUCGGAUUUAGACAAUGAAGCAAAGUGAGGCCUAAGUGAUCAUUGUCCCUUUGCCAACUGGGUACGGAUUAGUUCUGAAGUGUAACCAAGGGUGACUUUGAUUGCAACCCGAAAAACCAUCUUUAUAAAUGUGUGUACAAAUGUAAAUCUUGAAACCAACUGGCUAGCGGAUUUUCCUGAGCAUACCGACCAAUGUAAAUCGUUGCCAUAGCUAAAAUAGUGAUGUAAAAUAGUAACUCUAGGUGAAGAGUAAAAAAGAAAGUCUGUUUAAAAAUCUACUAAUUUACGUGUACUCUUAAGAUUUUAAUUAAUAUUUUGAAAUAUCAGUCUACUUGGUCUUUCUAUGGAAUUGUCAUUCUAGCAAUUAUGCAUAUAUGGGCAUGGAUUAGUGCCAAAGUAAGGCAUGCUGACAAAACGACAAACUAAAUUCUACAAGUUUAAAUAUAAGGGAUAAGUUAACAGCUGCCAGGAAAUGGAAAAUAUGUUGUUUAUUUUGUGUACUUAUUACUAAAUGUGUAACAUUGUUUGGUUUCACGUUGACUUGUGCUGCACUGUUUUGCGAUUGAGCAACACCACAAAGAAGGGGAAUUAACGAGAAGACAAACUGAAGUGGAUCGCCCACUGGGUCUCCGCAAGGAAUGGGAUUUGUAUCUUCAAACGUGUCAAGGGUUUUAUAUUUGUCACAUACAGACGCCCUUGUAGAUUUAUAUCUGUUGGAGGGAACUCGCUGUAAUGGAUAUAAUUCGUACAAUGUCUUAUAAACCCUUGACAAUAUGUGGAACAUAUGCUGAUUAGAGUUGCUAUUCGGAGGGAGCGAAGACGGGCCAGUUUAUAAGAUGCCUCGGUGAAAGAUUUAAAACACACGCCGGUUUUGGCUGAAUGAAGUGGGUCCCCUCUGGUCUCCAGAUGAAUUCCACAACCGUCCGCUCGAAUGUCUACAACGUGACAAGGCGGUGCUGCACCGUGUCCUGCAUUGCGGGGGAGGUUGGAGUUUCUGGAUGAAAACCAACAACAUUUUUCACAAUGACCCCAAAGUUCUGCGAUGUGUCCUUAGUUUUCCAGAGUGCGUUACAAUCCAUAAAAUAUGGUGAUAAUGGCUAAGGAAAGAAAACCCAGGGUAGAAAUUAGUUUGGUCUCGUCGUAGCCAUGGAGUUGACAGAAAAGACACGAUGGUGAUAAAGUUUUACAAUGAACAUUAUUUUUCAGUGCAGAAUGCUGUCGGGCGCAAAUAAUGUUGGGUCGCGGUUUCCAAGCUGUUCCUCAGCCUGGCAGGGAUUUGUUGUUGUUCUGUAAUAAAAUCGUCUGGAUUCAC